UUUUUGAAAACAGAUCCAUACGUAGCUUUUCACGUGUGUUUGCAUCGGCGGCUGCAAGAGAUUCGAGUUCUUCCAUUGAGAGGGAGAACUCUGUCACGUUCAUCGAGAAUUCUAAAAGCCUGUCAGCCACCUGGACUAGGUCCUGUGGAUUUUGGAGGACCAAACCUCUCAUCCCACCUGCCCUUGCCUUGUGAGGGAAAAUGUCGGAGGAGCAGAGAGAUGCAGCAACCCUAGGUUACCAAUGGAAGCCUGCUCCAGAGAAUGAUACCAACAUGGAGGAGAUGGAGUUGUCAGGCUCUGAACCCAGGAUGGGGAAGGGACAAGGCCUUUGCUCCAGCCGAACUGGGACCAUGAAGGAAUUCUGGGGCAGAAGCAUCCAUCGACGGGUUAGACAAGACUUAAAAGAAGAGAAAGAAGAGCAGCUACAGGGCUGGGAAGCCAACUUUCAGGGGCUUGUGAAAGCCAUGGAAUCCCCCCAGUCAGGCAGGGGCAACACCCCCCAGCAAAAAUUGUCACCAGCAAGGGAUACUAAGGCUUUUUUGCUCCCUUGCAAGAGCAGAGCCGAUACUUGCCAGCAACCUAGGGGAAUUAAGGCAGCUCAGGCCUCUCAAGGCCUCUCUGUGGAAUCUGAAGUGACUGAUGGUGGUGUCAAAUCUGAAAACAAGCCAGGAAGUAAGAAGGUGAAGGAAGAAAUCCUAGAUGAGGAGGCCCCUAGCUUGGAUGCCCAGCGCCAACACUUCAGGCAGUUGUGCUACACGGAGGCUGAAGGGCCCCGAAAAGUUUGCCAGAGCCUGCAGGAACUCUGCCGUCAAUGGCUGAAGCCUAAGGAACAUACCAAAGAGCGAAUCCUAGAGCUGGUCGUUCUGGAGCAGUUCCUGGUCAUCCUGCCCCCAGAAUUACAAAACUGGCUCCAAGGACACAAGCCAGAGACCUGCUUCCAAGCAGUGGCCCUGGCGGAGGAUUUCCUCCUGAAGCAACAAGAGGACAAGAGACAAGAAGAAAAGGAGUCGGUCAAGAAGAUAAUUGUUAAUUUACCUGAGGAAGGUGCAACUUCAUCCUUUGUGGUGAUCAAACAGGAGAGUGACAGUGACGCUUCCUCUCAAGGUCUUUGUGCAGUGAUUUUCGGCAGUUGGACUAAUUUUUCCUGCUAAUAACAGCAUGCGGUGCCUUGUAUAUUGUUUCCUUAACAAAACCCUACAAUUUGUAGUAUGAUACACGAUGAAGAAUAUUAAAGAUAAAGAAAUGGAA